AUGGAGAGCCCAAGAACGAUCGAGUGCGCCCGGAACGACGUGUGCGGCGCGUACUCGAUCAGCGAGGGCUACUUCCUCACCAGUCAGGUGACCAGCCGGUCGCAGCUCUACAAGAGCUACACCUACCAGGCGUGCGCCACCAAUCCCACGUGCGCCACCCUGGCCGUGAAGCUCUUCCUGCAGCGGGUGCCCACGGACUGCGACGGCGAUGGCGAUAUCGACUGCGACGACUUCGUCAGCGAACACUACUACGGUCCGGAGGCGUGUGUCGGCGCCGGCUGGAUCAAGUUCUCCGACACGUGGCGCAAAUACCGCGACUGUAAACGAGAAUACGGACUGGUGUGA